AUGGAGCCAAGAUUAAUCGAUAAAAUAGUGCGAGCAGCAGGCCAUAUACAGAACAAUGUAGUAUGUGAAGUUGGACCGGGGCCGGGUGGUAUCACGAGAUCUAUUAUACAACAAGUGCCUAGAAAAGUUAUAUUGGUAGAAAAAGAUCCACGUUUUAUACCAACCUUAGAGCUAAUUGCUGAUGCAUGCAAAGGAAAAGUCGAUGUUGACAUUAUUGCUGGUGAUAUUUUGAAAACAGAUGUAUCACAUUUUAUUCCCACGGAUGUAAAAGUGAGUUGGACAGAUCCUCCACCACCAGUUAAUUUAAUAGGGAAUUUGCCCUUCAGUGUAUCUACCAUACUUAUGAUACGUUGGUUAGAGAUGAUUUCAAAACAAGAGGGACCUUGGUCUCUUGGUCGCACAAGAAUGACAUUGACUUUUCAAAAGGAAGUAGCCGAAAGAAUGGCCGCACCAAUUUUAGAUAAGCAAAGAUGUCGUCUGUCCGUUAUGUGUCAGAAUUGGUGUAACGUAAAAUACAAAUUUGAUAUACCUGGUACAGCUUUCCUCCCAAAGCCUGAUGUUGAUGUGGGAGUGGUAACAUUAACACCAUUAAAACAACCAAUUAUAAAGUUACCAUUCAAGAUGGUUGAGAAAGUUAUAAGGCAGAUAUUUUCAAUGCGUCAAAAGUAUUCCAUAAGGGGUGCUGAAACAUUAUUUCCAGAGAAUGUGCGUGAGGAAAUGGCUUUAAAAAUGUAUAGCAUUGCAGAUAUAGAUCCAGUAACUAGACCUUUUCAAAUAACUAACUCGGAAUUUGGUAGAUUGUGUGAGGCUUACAAUCUGAUUGUUACAAAAAAUCCAGAAUUAGAAAAAUAUGAUUAUAGAGCUCCUAAACAAAAAUUUAAGCGAGAUGAAGAAAUUGUUGAAAAUUAG